GAGCGCCUUGUUGGUCUAGAAGAAUGUCGAGAUCUUGGACAAGGUUUUCAACUUGCAGAAAGAGACAUGGGCAUUAGAGGCUUUGGGAAUAUCUUCGGAGAGCAGCAAACAGGGGAUGUUGGAAAUGUUAGGAUUGAUCUUUUCUUUAAAAUGCUUUUUGAGAGUUUGUCCAUGUUUGAUCUCGAUUUGAACCCCCAUCUCCCUUCUGAAUACAUAAAUCAUCUGGAAAAUCCCUUUGAAGUAAUUAAUGAAGCUGAGAAUGCUGCUCAAAGAGACAUCUGGAAUAUAGUUCUCUUUACUGAGGAUCUACGACGCCAUUAUAGAAAAGAGCCUUACUCCAUGAAAAUUCUGUUGAAGAAGCUAUAUAUUAGAAGAAUGGCGGCAGAUUUAGGGAUUACUGAAAUAUACACUUCAGGUAAGAUGGUGGGCAUGAAAACAAGCAUCAGUGAAAAUGUUUUCAAGAUGAUGAGGGAUUCAAUGCCAUCUGAAACACACCAAAGUUCCAUUGUCUUCGAGGAG